AUGGAUAAUGACCUUGAAGACGAUAAUCUUCAUACUGAAGGAGCACGUCAGCUAAAUUCAAGGCCGCUUAAUGAAAUGAUUUAUCAAAAGUUGGAUAAACAAACCUCAGAACUUGAAUGUCUAUGUGAACGCAUUAAAAACUUGGAAAUACAACGAACCAAUGCUCAAACACAUCAUCAUGUCCCCAUUUCAUCCAAAGAAUCAUUAACGGCAGCAUCUGCACCGCCGCCGACAUCAUAUAUCUCACCAAUAAAUCUUCCUCCGAUUGGCGAGUUAAAAGAUUAUCAGUCAAUUAUAAGGCGUAUCGAAGAAUUAGAGAGAAAUUCGAUUUUGGCAAAUCAUGAACUCGGGAGGUUACGAAGGGAAAACUUCGAUUUAAAUGAAAAGAUUCCUUUAUUGGUUCAAGUUGAAGUAAAGAAAUUUAAAAAAGAGAUAAUGAAAUGGUUAUCAAAUAGUCAUAAUACCAAUGAUAUAAAAAUCGCAAUUGAUCUUUUGAAUCCCAUCUACGAUGAUAAUAACAUUAAAGAUCAAGAUGAUGUAAUGAAUUCGGAUGAUACCUCGUAUCCUUCGAACCUUUUUGAAUCGAAACCUCAAAGGGUGGUCGUACCUCCUCCACCUGAACCCCAAUUCCAAAAGGUCGUUCCUUCGAGCAAUUAUAAUUAUAAGAAUUAUAAUACCAUUUUUGAAAAUCUCUAUAUAGAAUUACAAAACACUGCAAAUGAAUUAUGUAAUGAUAGAGAUUCAUUUAGGAAAAAAAUGAAUUCUUUGAGGGAUAUGUAUAAUUAA